AUGGACACUAAUGGUAUGACUGGUGCUCAGCAUUUUUCAAAGCUGGACGCUUCUUCAGGGUAUUGGCAAACCAAGUUUGAUGAGGAAAGCUUGAAGUUGUUGUGCUUCAAGUCGAAAUUGUCUGAGUUUGCUACAGAAACCUCAAAGGAUCCUGUUUUACAGAAGUUAAAGAAUUGUGUACUAAAUGGAUGGCCAGACAAGGCGAGACAAGUUGAUCCUGCUGUAAGGCCAUAUUACAGUUUUUGAGACGAAAUCACGUUAUAUGAAGACAUCUUGCUCAAAUGUGACAGAAUCAUUGUACCAUCAAGUCUUCAAAUUAAAUGAAAUGCGACAAAAGAUCCAUCAUGGUCAUCUUGGAAUAGAAAAGUGUAAAGCUCGUGCCAGAUCAGCACUUUAUUUGCCAGGUAUGAUUAGUGAAAUUGUUGAUAUUGUUAUUGAAGUGUGAUGCUUGUGUGGAAAACGGAAAUUAUCAGCCAUCUGAAACACUGAUUCCUCAUGAAGUUCCAUCAACUCCUUGGGAGAAAGUGGGAAUUGAUCUGUUUCAGUUAAAGAAUAAAGACUACCUGAUUGUUGUUGACUAUACAUCGAAGUAUUUCGAAGAAAUUGCUCUUCCAAAUACUCUAGCCUCGACUGUUGUGCAACAUACCAAAAGUAUAUUUGCUCGAUUUGGUAUACCUAAGACUGUAGUUAGUGACAAUGGUCCUCAAUAUUCUUCGCAUCAAUAUAAAGCAAAUAUGCGAAAGAGUGGGGUUUGAUACGUCAAGCCCCAGGUACCCAAAGAGUAAUGGUUCGUAGAAAGAAAUAUUCAAACUGUGAAGACCAUAAAAAAUUCUCUUAAAAGUGGCGAUGACCCUUGCCUUGCACUACUUGCAUUACGUUCAACUCCUGGAACUGACAAUUCCCCGUCCCCAGCAUUUAAGUUAAUGAAUCACCAUCUUCAAACUCCCCUACCUUCAAUAAAAACUGAGAAAACAUCACCUACUUUGCUUGGGUCACAAAAAGUUAAAGAGUAUCACGAUCAACAUGCAAAGAACUUGCGACCUCUUAAAGAAGGACAAUCAGUACGAAUUAGGGAUGGUAAAUCAUGGCAUGUGAAGGGAAAAGUAAUGGAAAGAGUUGAGAGCAGCCAAGGUCUUAUGCUGUUAAAACAGAGAAAGGUACAAUCAUUUGUAGAAAUAGAAGAGAUCUUCUUAGCAUGCCGGAAAGAUUCGAUUUGUGUGAUGCCGUUGAUGAUGAACUGGAGAUACCACCUAACCCUUUAG